AUGUCUCAGAGGAACCUUGAUCAGUUGGAAGCAUUAUCCAAGAAGCUCAAGUCAAAGACUCUAAGGACUGAAGCUCCAUCUCAAUCUAUUGCAGCCACCAGGCUUCUUGCACGUGAAGGGAUAAAUGCCGAACAGCUUGCACGAGAUCUGAAGUCCUUUGAGCUGAAGACUACAUUCGAGGACGUGUUCCCUGCUGAGGCGACAACUGUUGAGGAUUAUUUGCAGCAGGUUCAUGAAAUAGCAAUGGUCUCAGCUAUUCAGGAAGCACAGAAGGACAAUGUUAGAAGUUUUAAUGAUUAUAUGCUGAAAGUAUUGGAGGAUGAUUGGCAAAAGGAAAAGCGUGACUUUCUUCAGAGCUUAAGCCGGAUAUCAUUAUUACCCAAGACUAACAUUGUUGAUUCAGGCUAUGGAGGCACUCGUCUCCCCCAAAUAGCCUCAACAGUUUCAAGUCCUCAAGUUUCAUCUGGUCCUUCAGGCAUGGAGAUUGUAGCUGUAGCAAACAAGUCGAUUCUUGAGAAAAAAGCUUCUGUCUAUGGUGGUGUUGUGAAGGACCUUAACAGUGCCAGAGAGCAUGGCUUGCCAUUUAAACCUGCUACUGCUUUCAAGGGUGCUUAUGAAAGUUUGGCUAUUAAUACGUCUGGGGGAAAAUCAGUCAGUAUGCAGAAAAUAUGGCAUCUCAUUCAGGCGCUUAUGGAUGAGGAUUCAGUUGUUCGGUGGAAUGUUUCAAAGAAGAUGUCAUUGGUAAUUGGUGCAAGGCGGCACCUUGAGUGGGGGCAUGAGAAGUACAUUAUGGACAUGAUACAAAGUCAUCCUGCACAAGCUGCUCUUGGUGGUGGUGUUGGGAAUUUGCAAAGGAUUCGUGCCUUCCUUCGGAUUCGUUUGCGUGAUUAUGGUGUUCUCGACUUCGAUGUUGGUGAUGCUCGAAGGCAGCCACCUGUUGACACCACGUGGCAGCAGAUAUACUUUUGCCUGAGAACUGGGUAUUACAAUGAAGCAAGAGAUGUUGCCUUGUCAUCCCGUAGUGCACAUCAGUUUGCACCUCUGCUCACAGAAUGGAUAAAUACUGGAGGUAUGGUUUCUGCUGAGACAGCUGCAACUGCUUCAGAAGAAUGUGAAAAGUUGUUAAGAAUGGGUGAUCGGGUGGGUCGAGCUGCAUAUGAUAAGAAAAGGUUGUUACUAUAUGCCAUGAUAUCUGGUUCUCGAAGGCUUGUUGAAAGGCUGCUGAGAGAUCUAUCGGCACUUUUCACCACCAUAGAGGAUUUCUUGUGGUUUAAAUUGUCAGCCAUCAGGGAGUUCCCUCUCGGAGGUUCAUCUGCUAUUCUAAGUGAGAGUUCAGUCCCCUAUAGUUUAGAGGAUUUGCAGGCUUACCUAAAUAAGUUUGCAGCAUCAUGCUAUACCAAAAAUGGGAAGGACCCUCUUGUGUAUCCAUAUAUUCUGCUCCUAAGCGUCCAGUUUCUCCCAGCUAUCCUCUAUUUGUCUAAAGAAGCAGGCGAUGAAGGGUACAACAUUGAUGCCACUCACAUAGCUAUCGUGCUUGCUGACCAUGGUGUCCUUAAGGAAGGUACAGGGGCAGGAUCAAAGUUUGGUGUAAUGGAUGCUUAUGCAGAAGCAUCUAGCAUGAUUCAACAGUACGGAUCUUCAUAUUUAUAUCUUGGAGAUCUUUCAAUGGCAUUGGAAUAUUAUGCACAGGCUGCUGCUGCAGUGGGUGGUGGACGACUAUCUUGGACUGGAAGGGCAAAUGCGGAUCAGCAGAGACAGAGAAGUUUGAUGCUGAAACAACUCCUCAUGGAGCUGUUAUUGCGAGAUGGUGGGAUUUACUUUUACUUGGUCAAGAGGUUCAGGGAAGAAGGUGAAUUGACAAGGUUUAUACCGGAUGUAAAAACAAGACAACAAUUUCUGCUUGAAGCUGCUCGGCAGUGCUUGGAAGCUGGGAUAUAUGACAAAUCAAUAGAGAUUCUGAAGAGAAUUGGGGCGUUCUCAAUGGCCCUGGACACCAUUAAUAAAUGCCUUUCAGACUCAAUAUGUGCUCUUUCACGUGGACGGUUGGAUGGUGAGAGCCAGACAGCUGGCUUGGUUCAUUCUGGAAAUGAGAUUUUGGAGACCUACAAAUAUAGUCCUGAAAUCAGGUAA